UUAGGAAACAUCAUCCGUUUGUACUUAUCAGUUAUCACAAAUGCUUUCAUUUCAACAGCUGUCUUGAAUUUGUUUUACCCCCUCACCAAAUAUCUUGAGACAAUUGCAUCCAUUUUCAACAAGAAGCAACAUUUUUUUACCAUGUAGUUUUUUUCUACCAUUCAUUAAUUAUUCAUAGAGAUCCAUACAAUUACAAAAUAAUAAUUUAAUUCAAUAUACCUCAUGGUCAAGCUCAUCCUUUUCUUUGCAAAAAAAAUCCAUUUUUUCUUCAUUUCCAAAACUCAAAUCACUUAAAAAUGUUUCAAACCCUUCAAGGGGCAAUAGAUUCACAUCAUGGGCUAUAGAAAAUCAUAAAAAAAAUAUAUUUUUUUUUGGAAAGUUUUAGUCUUGAUUUGGUCUUGAGUCUUGAAUAACAGUAACACAAUGCAGGAGGAAGAGAAUCAAGAAGAUUCAGUUUCUGAAUCUCAGGAACAAAAUGAAGAGAAAAAGUCAAAGGGUUAUUGGAUUUGGAACUGUUUUUACAUUCCAAUUCAUUGGUUCAAAAUGCUUUCAAGGGAAAUGCAUUGGAGUUUUGUGUUAGGAGUUGUUGUUGUUUAUGGAAUAAGUCAAGGUGUUGGUGGAGCUCUUGCUGGUGUUGGAACAAAGUAUUAUAUGAAAGAUGUUCAGAAAGUUCAACCUUCUGAAGCACAGGUUUAUGCUGGAAUUACCUCUAUUCCUUGGAUUGUUAAACCCUUAUGGGGUCUUCUUACUGAUGUUGUGCCUAUAUUGGGAUACCGGAGAAGGCCUUAUUUCAUUUUUGCUGGUUUAUUAGGAGCGACCGCGAUGCUUUUGUUGUCAUUUCAUGAAAACCUACAUCUUGUGCUGGCUCUUUUAGCAUUAACAGCAGGGAGUGCUGGGGUGGCAAUAGCCGACGUGACCAUUGAUGCUUGUGUUGCACAGAACAGUAUCUCUCAUCCUUCCCUUGCUGCAGACAUGCAAAGUUUAUGCGCCUUUAGUUCUUCUGUUGGAGCAUUAUUAGGAUUCUCAGUUAGUGGCAUCUUUGUUCACCUUAUAGGCCCUAUGGGGGUAUUUGGUUUGUUGACUAUUCCGGCGGGACUUGUAAUUUUGGUUGGAUUUCUGCUUGACGAGCCUCGUAUGCAAAAUUUCUCUUACAGACAGGUGAACCAAAAUUUUGUGGAUGCUAGCAAGGCAAUGUGGACGACAUUGAAGAGCGAAAAUGUAUGGAGGCCUUGUUUAUACAUGUAUCUAUCCCUUGCGCUGAGUUUGAAUAUCCUCGAAGGAAUGUUUUAUUGGUAUACAGACUCAAAGGAUGGACCGUCUUUCUCUCAGGAGAGUGUAGGUUUCAUAUUUUCAAUCAGUUCAGUGGGUUCCCUUUUAGGCGCAAUACUAUACCAAUACGCGCUAAAGGAUUACGCAUUCAGAGACUUGCUCUUUUGGACUCAGUUACUCUAUGGUCUAUCAGGGAUGUUUGAUCUGAUUAUUGUCUUGAGAUUGAACCUAAAAUUCGGUAUUCCAGAUUACGUCUUUGUUGUUUUCGUCGAAAGCAUAGGACAAAUGACUAUUCGACUAAAAUGGAUGCCUAUGCUUGUACUAAGCUCCAAGCUUUGUCCUUCUGGCAUCGAAGGAACAUUCUUUGCUCUAUUAAUGUCAAUCGAUAAUGUUGGACUUCUCUCGUCGUCAUGGGCCGGCGGAUUUGUACUUCACGUGCUAAAUAUCACAAGAACAAAAUUUGAUAAUAUUUGGUUGGCGAUUUUGAUUCGGAAUAUUUUAAGAAUCACUCCACUUUGUAUGCUGUUUUUGGUGCCUAGAGUUGAUCCUAACUCUUUUGUUCUUCUUCCAAAAGAAAGUGUGGAUUCAAAGGUGGAUAUGGAUGCUUCAGAAACCAAAAAUGUUGAAUUGAUUUCCCUUGUACACAGUGUUGAUGAUAAUAUGUAACACCAUAAAAAGAUACAUUCUUUUCUAUUCUCAAUUUCAUAUACAUGUUUAUUUCCA